AAAGUUGAACUAAUAAAGUUGGUACAAGUUGAGCCGAGGUGGUGGAGUCGGCGGAGGCGCCCGCGGUGGCGGCGGGGGCGGAGGCGGAGACGGAGGCGGAGUCGGUGGGGCCCUGGGCCAGGUGAUCCGGGAGUUGGCAAGGGUUGAGCUCCCCGCUGGCUGCCCAGAAGCAGGCGCGGACCCGGGGAAUGGUGCCACGGAGCCCACUGGGAUGCGUCGUUCCUGGUGCCUCCAUGGCAGGCUCUGGAGAGCUGAGAGUCCAGGAGGACACACUGCGGGUCCUAGAUGCCUUCCAUAGGCGCCGUGAGGCUGCCAGGACCCCUGUCCCAACCCCACCCAGGAGUCCUGCCCAAGAGGAACCAACAGACUUCCUGAGCCGCCUUCGAAGAUGUCUCCCCUGCCCCCUGGGGCAGGGAGCAGCUCUCCCUGAGUCCCCGCGGCCUUGCUCUCUGCCCCUCCAGCCCUGCUAUGAUUCAGAGCCUGGCCCAGCUACUCCACACUUCUACGCCCUGGUCGCCCAGCGGCUGGAACAGCUAGUCCAAGAGCAACUGAGAUCUCCACCCAGCCCAGAGUUACAGGGUCCCCCACCCACAGAGAAGGAAGCCCUGCUGCGAAGACUGGUGGCCUUGCUGGAGGAGGAGGCAGAAGUCAUCAACCAGAAGCUGGCCUCAGACCCUGCUCUUCGCCGGAAGCUCGUCCGUCUGUCUGCUGGUUCUUUCGCUCGCCUCUUGGAGCUGUUCUUCAGCCGGUCCGGCAGCCCUUGCUCCCGACGCUCAAGCCAAACGCUGCUGUGCCCUGGACCCCCGCCGCCAUCCCCAGAGCCCCUGGCCCGCCUGGCCCUUGCCAUGGAGCUGAGCCGGCGCGUGGCCCGACUGGGGGGCACCCUGGCUGGACUCAGCGUGGAGCAUGUGCACAGCUUUGCUCCCUGGAUCCAGGCCCAAGGGGGCUGGGAGGGUGUCCUGGCCGUUUCUCCUGUGGACUUGAACUUGCCCCUGGACUGACUUCUGACUCCUCUUCAGAAGCUGCUGCAAGAUCGGACCUCACGUUCCUCCCCCACUCGCUCCCCACGUGUUUUCUCAACCUCUUAUCCCACUCAGGGCUGUGGGGUGGUGGCUGCCCUACUUGUUUUUGCCAAAAAUAAAUAAAAUGGUUAAAAACUUUUCA